AACAGCACAACAUAUUCAACUCUUCUUGUCCAAAAACCUCGUGAGCCAUGGAAGAGCUAGAGAACCCAAAAGUGCUUCAAAAUCUCAUAACUUUCCUCUCUUCUCUCAUCCAAAAUGUUGCCGAAUCCAACGACAUAAACGGUGGGUUUCAGGCCGAGAAGAUGUCGAUCUUCCACGGCCUAAUACGGCCAGCCAUCUCGAUCCACAGCUACCUCCACAGAAUUCACAAGUACGCAAAUUGCAGCCCCUCUUGCUUUGUGGUGGCUUAUGUUUAUCUCAAUCGGUUUGCUCAAAGGCAUCCCUCUUUGCCCAUCGAUUCUUUCAACGUUCAUCGCCUGCUUAUCACCAGUGUCAUGGUUGCUGCCAAGUUCAUGGAUGACUUGUAUUACAACAAUGCUUACUAUGCAAAAGUAGGAGGAAUCAGCACAGUAGAAAUGAACAUGCUGGAAGUGGAUUUCCUAUUCGGAUUAGGUUUCAACUUAAACGUAAACCUCAAAACUUUCCAAACCUAUUACUCCCACCUUCAAAGGGAGAUGUUGAUGCUGCUGCAGCCUCCACCACCACCACCACUGCCACCAAGUUCUGCGGAAUCCUCCAUGAAACUCCAUUUGUGUUUCAAUGAAGAGGAACCCGCCAACACUUCCCAUCAAAAGGAACAACUUGCUGUUUAAGCCCUUUGGUUUUGUGUUUGAAACAUUCUUUCUUUUUGGCUGCAUCACUUGUUUUGGUUUUCCUUUUGGGGAGGUUUUG